ACUCACUUCGAAUAAAAUCACAUCUAGUAUAAGAUAAUAUAAAUCUUAAAAAAAUGAAACAAACAUUUUCAAACUGAUAAGCAUUUGAAUGAAACUCUGUUUCUGUAACCUGAAAUAACUAUCCUCACUGUUUGAAGGUCUUGGUGAUGAUAUUAAGAGGGAGUGUACAUUCCGUGUGUAUCUAUCUAUAGAUAGUCUUCUUGUGUUUCUUUGAAGGACAAAAAAAACUAUUUUAAGACCAGUUCAACAGAAAACUGGUGUGCAGACCACGAUCGCAGUUGUAAUGAAGUUUUCUAAAAUGGCAACCACUCCUUUUUUCUUUAAGAACCAGUCAUUCUUUCUCUAAACCCUAAUCUCUUCUUCUCUAUAAACUCAUCUUCUAACUCUUGUUCUCAAUCAUCCUCUUUUUCAAAGCUUCCUAGCUAACAAAACCCCAAUAAAGAGAUGGAUCAAACAGAGCUUUCCCGGAUAUUCCAAAUGUUCGACAGGAACGGUGACGGCAAAAUCACCAAACAAGAGCUGAACGAUUCGUUAGAGAAUCUCGGAAUCUACAUCCCGGACAAAGACUUGGUGCAGAUGAUCGAGAAGAUUGAUCUCAACGGUGACGGGUACGUGGACAUCGAAGAGUUCGGAGGGCUGUACCAGUCGAUCAUGGACGACAGAGACGAGGAGGAAGACAUCAUAGAGGCGUUCAACGUGUUUGAUCAGAACCGUGACGGGUUCAUCACGGUGGAAGAGCUGAGAUCCGUGUUAUCUUCCUUGGGGCUCAAGCAAGGAAGAACCCUAGAGGAUUGUAAGAGGAUGAUAAGUAAAGUGGACGUUGAUGGAGAUGGGAUGGUGAAUUUCAAAGAGUUUAAGCAAAUGAUGAAAGGUGGUGGAUUUGCCGUUUUAGAAUCAAGCUUGUAAAACAAACAAACAAAACCCAUUUUUGGGUUAGGGUUUGAGAUCAACAUCAUUGUUUUUUUUCCUCGGAAUGAUUAGGGCUAAACCUCGAAAGAUAAUUAACAAAAUGGAUCAAGCUUCGUUUUUGAAUGCUUCUCCACAAAAUAUUGUUGAUGGAUUUGCUAUGUGGGAUUUGGAAAACAAACAUAUAUAAUUUUGAUUUUGAUGUUUUACAUUGUUGAGGAUUCUUUUAUUUAUUUGUAAUAUAUGGUUGUGAAUUGUG